AUGGAGGAAGAAUCCCACCGAAUGACCGAUGAUGAAGUUGCGGAGAUAAUUGAAAUAGACGACCAGGAUAUGAACUACGCUAGUGACGAUGAAGACCAACAGAGCACCUCCAACGCGGAAGCAAUGGACCAAAUUGUGGAUGAUUCGUUGAUGUCGCUUCAAGCCCAUUCACAAGAUUGCUUUUCAAUCGCGCUUGCUUCAAAUAGAUGGCUGGCGACCGGCGGAGAGGACGACGUCGCUUUCCUGUUCGACCAAAACGUUUCGGAAACCGAACCGAUUUUGAAGAUUGAGCACAAGGAUUCGGUGACGGCUGUGAUGUUCAAUAAUUCGGAGACGUUGUUGGCCACUGGCGAUUUGAGCGGCAAAAUUGUCAUCUCCGAUAUUGCCGCAAAAACGAUUCGCGCCGAGAUUGAUGAAUGCAGCGAUUUGGAAUGGAUUAAAUGGCAUCACACCGCCGAUAUUUUAUUCGCCGGUGAUAAAGACGGCAUUCUCUGGAUGUGGCUUAUCAGCGCGAAAGGGGUCGCACAAUCGAAGGUUUACGCUGGAUCGGGCUCGCCGUGCACUGCUGGAUGCCUUCUGCCGGACGGUCGACGCAUUCUAACCGGAUACGCUGACGGUGUAGUCAGAUUGUGGCUUCUUCGCGAGGAAACGAGCUCGGUGCUUUAUUUCCAUUCGCCGAUUACCGUCAUUGAUCAUCAUGUCUCACAAACGGUAGCGGUUGUUGGAACGCAGAGCGGCACUGUGAACGUGAUUAGCACUGCGUCGCCGGACAAUGUACUCAAGAAGGUGUCACUUUUGCCGCCACCCGGUGUCAACGCGACGACGAUUACCGCUGCCGGAACCGCGAAACCAGAAACCGACGAUGAUGAGGACGACGUGGCGAAUUGUGUGGAAUCGCUUGCGAUGGCGCCGUCGCAUCCGUGGUUCGCCGCGGGACGCAAUGAUGGAUCGUUGUGCAUCUAUGAGAUGGACUCGACGUCGCCGAGAAGCAUGUUCCAGUCGAAUCAGAUGCAGGCGAUUUCCAAGGUGAUUUGGUCGAUGGAGGGCAAUGCGCCGUAUUUGACGGUUGGCUCGAUUGAUGGAACUGUUCGAGUUUUUGAUGCGAGAGAUGGAUCUUUGGUCAAGGAGCUUGGCAAUGGCGGCGACGAAGUGCUCGAUAUGCUAGUGAUUGGCUCGAAUCCGCAUCGAAUUAUGACGGCCGGAAGCGGCGGACUUGUUCGUGUUUUCGACUUAAAUUAG